UAAGAAAGAUGACAGAAAAAGAUAAUAUGCAAAUGCUAUGCGAUAUAAAUUCGCAUCUUAUAAGUUGGAUCGACUGUCUUCAGGAUGGUUGUAGGACGAGUUCUUCUCGUUUCAAUUUUGUUUACUGCAGUGGCUUCCGAGUCUGUGCAUUGGCAAUGGCGUGAAAUCCGUUGCAGAGAAAAUGAAACUAACGAACAAGGGCAUGCUUCGGCUUGUGAGCUUCAACUCAAAGAACACGAAAAUGACGAAAAUCCACGUGUAGUUCCAUUCAACACUUGUAUUGAUGAAACAGUCAAUGGAGAAAUAAAAACUUAUUGUGAUCUUCUGUGCCCGGGAGCUGAUACCGCUUACAGAAUUACACGCUGGCCACAACAACACAAGACUUGUUUCACUCACACUACAUACCGAUUGGAAAGAAGAGAAGAUAACUUCUAUUUGUGGAGAUCUGGAGAUUGCCGUACAUCUACCAUUGGAUUCACAAUUCGUUGCGAAUUCAAAUCUCCAAGGGAUGAUUUCCUCUCAGAUCAAGAACUGUUCCGUGUUGCAAGAAGACUCACUUAAUAUCUUAAAUUUGUUCUCAUUUAAUUAUUUUCUUGUAUCUGCUUUCAAAGUCAAGCAUAAUAUUUUCAUAAAACGUUUUUUGAUUUAUGAAGUCUAUUAACUGUGA